UUGCGAUUUUCCUGACAAGCAAAAUCCGUGGGGAAGCCAGAUUCACGUAACAACGGUGUCACUAAUUGAUCCACUGCAAUGACUCACUCAGCAACUGAGGCAAGGAAGGUUGUAAAACAAGGCGAAACUCCACAAAUGUCCCACGUAAUGGCAGAAAUAUUGGGUUCAAUUGUGGUCGUAAGUCGAGAACGACCCAUAUUUUGGGGCCUUCCGUGUGUCCCACUCCGUUAUCCGAGAUCUUGACACAGGCAGUUUCCACAGGGUAGAUACCCCGAAAAAACCCCAAUUUGGGCUUCUCUUUUGCCUCUAGGAGAUCUUUCCAGCUCCGACGAAGACAGCCUGAAACAGGAGGACAAAGAAAACGAGAUGCCCCGCAAAACGCAGCCCCACUUGUGCUUUGAGAUCACCAGCGAAGACGGUUUUAAAGUGCAGGCCGACAGCAUUGAUGGUGCCUGGAAAGCAGUAAUUGAGAAGGUCCAGGAAGCUCGCACCAAUGCCCGGCUCAAACACCUGUCCUUUGCAGGAAUGAAUGGAGUGAGAAUGUUGGGAAUGCAUCACGAUGCUGUCAUCUUCCUGGUGGAGCAGCUGUACGGUGCCAAGGCCUGCCACAAGUACAAAUUCCGAUACCACCAGCAUGAAGGCGAGGAAGAGGAGCUGCCUCUCAAUCCUCACGGUUGUGCCCGGGCUGAAGUUUAUGUCAGGAAAUGCACCUUUGACAUGUUCAACUUCUUAGCAUCUCAGCAUCGUGUGCUUCCUGAGGGUGGCCCUUAUGAUGAAGAAGAAGACGAAGUGCAGCUGAAAUCCACCAGGCGAGCCACCAGCUUGGAGCUACCCAUGGCCAUGAGGUUUCGGCACCUGAAGAAAACUUCCAAAGAGGCUGUGGGAGUGUACAGGUCAGCCAUCCAUGGGCGGGGCCUGUUCUGCAAGCGCAACAUUGACGCGGGCGAGAUGGUGAUUGAGUACUCCGGCAUUGUCAUCCGUUCGGUGCUCACCGAUAAGCGUGAAAAGUACUACGACAGCAAGGGCAUUGGAUGCUACAUGUUCCGCAUUGAUGACUUCGAUGUGGUGGAUGCCACAAUGCACGGCAACGCUGCCCGCUUCAUCAACCACUCCUGCGAGCCCAACUGCUACUCCCGCGUGAUCCAUGUUGAAGGCCAGAAGCAUAUUGUCAUUUUCGCCCUGCGCCGGAUCUUCCGGGGCGAAGAACUCACCUACGACUACAAGUUCCCCUUCGAAGACGCUGGCAGCAAACUCCCUUGCAAUUGCGGAGCCAAACGCUGCCGUCGUUUCCUCAAUUAAAGACUGGUCCCUCACCUGGCUUUCCAGAUCCAUACGCUUGCCCAGCCUCUUUCCGGUGUCAGCGGGUGGCCGGGCCAAGUGGAUGGAAGGGGGAGCUUAAUCAUGGCAUAACUUUUUGGCGGGCUGCUGCAUUGCUGACUCAUCCCUUUAAUUCCUUGAAGCAUGUGACUCCAAGGGCCUCAAUCAUCUCCAAAGAGCAUCAGGGAUGCCCGUGUGGUGGGUGAUGAGGGAAAGCUCUUAGCGGCAGCUCGGUCUUUUAUUUUUUAUUUUUUUGUGGCUUGAAAUUAUGAGACGCAGAGAUCCAGGGCAAAAAUGCAGGAAGAAUCACCUUUUAUUUGUGUCCCCCUUCUGCUUCAUAGACCUCUUUCCCUUCCUCCACUUCUCCCCCCUCCACACCUCCCCAAUCCUGUGGGGCGAGAACAAUCUUUCAUUUUGUACUUUUAAAUUUUGUGGUUUUUCUUCCUUCCUCCGAGAUGAUCCUCUGUUUUAAAGAAGAAGAAAAAAAAUACAUCAAACCCAGGAGGAUGUAAAUAGUUGUACAAAUUUCUAAACCUGUUUAUUUUCUAUGCACUUUUUUAUUUAAGAUGCUCAGUCAACUCAGACGGGAAAGGGUUGGAUUCUUGUUGGUAUAAUUUUAAAUAAAAAGCAAUUUUGACACAA